AUGGCCGAGGCAGCACCGCCACUGGGUACGGAGCAGCAGCAUGCGACGUCACCGCCGCAGGCUACUGAAGCACAUGCCAACGGACAGCAGCCGCCGAUGCAACCCGAACACCCGGCGCAACCGGAAGCACACGAGCCGCAGCCGGGUGAACAGCCGCACCCGGGUGAACUGGAGCAGUCCGGCGAACAGGCGCUCCCGGGGCAACCGGCGACGCCGCCUGGCGGAGAGCAGCCGCAGCAUCCGAGAGAGGACCUUGUGCCGGAUGGCAAACACAGCUGGACGGUUGCGGUUGGGGCUGCCUGGAACGUCUUCUGCUGCUCCCUGCUGCGUCGCGCCAUGCCGGUGAUGUUCCUCGCUGUAGGUGACGCGUUCGCCACCACCUCCAAAGGCCCGGUCGCCUGGAUGAACGCCUUUAUCUACAGCCUGGCAUACUUGCUGUCACCCGUGGCGACACUGCUGUGCCGGAACGUGCCGCUGAAGCUGCUGUCUGCUGCAGGCGCCUUGCUCAUCGGCGUAGGACCGAUAGUGUGCUUCUUCCUGAGCGACCUCUCCAUUAUGGUGCCAGUGAUUGGACUCUGCUGCGGUGUUGGCGCCGCGCUGUCCAUUGUCGUGGACGAGACGGCCGUGUGCUUGCACUUCAAGGCGCAGCGUCACAAGGCCCUGUCCUUCAUCCACGCAGCAUUCGCGCUGCCGGCCAUCGUGUACCCCGUGAUGUUCAUGCUGCUCGUGGACAUGUUCGGACUCGACGGCGCCAUGCUCGUGUCCGGCGCGGUAUCAUUCAACGCCCUGGCCGGAUCACUCGUCAUGAGCAGGUGA